GUGGCGUCACAAGGCUCUCGCGUGAGCGGGCGCGCCGCUUCCGCAUACAGAAUCGUGGAGAGUUGUAUGGAAUUAGUUCAUGAAGUUCUGCCAUCUGUUAAAAUAAUCAAAAUGGAAAAUGCUACAAUCGAAGAGGAACGUGAUAGCAUCCCCCUUGAAGAGGCCGAAGCAUUGUUAGAUUCAGAAGCAGAGCCUUCAGUGUGUAUUAAUGAAAACACAGUAAGCGGUACCAUGCAAAACACUACUGUGCAUGUGGCCACAUCAAGAAAAAGGAAAAUGGAUUCUGAAGGUGACCUUGUACAGUUAAGUUCUAGCUGUGGGGAAGACAUUCAAUCCAAGAAAAAAAAACUAGAACCUGAAGUUAUCCCAAAGGAAAAAGGUUCUGGUGACGAUGAAGGUAUUUUGAGGAAAAGAAAAUGGGAAUCUGAUGAUUUUCCAGAAGAGAAACCUACUGGAGAUGGAACUCAGAAAAAGAGAAAAAGAGAAGUUGAGGAUAUUCCUGAGAAGCAAAAAAAUGUGGAAGUAGGUCACAGCUCAGCAGUUGCUACCCACUACAAUGAACUGCCAGAAGUUGGUUUGGAGAAGCGUAGUGAAAGUCGUAUUUUUUAUAUGAGAAACUUUAACAACUGGAUAAAAAGUGCCCUCAUUGGGGAAUUUCUAGAAAAGGUGCGACAGAAAAAAAAACGUGAUAUUACUGUUUUGGACCUGGGAUGUGGUAAAGGUGGAGAUUUGCUCAAGUGGAAAAAGGGAAGAAUUAGCAAGCUAGUUUGUGCUGAUAUUGCUGAUGUCUCCAUUAAACAGUGUCAACAGAGGUAUGGUGAAAUGAAGACUCGUAGUCGUGAUAAUGAAUACAUGUUCAGUACAGAAUUUAUAACUGCUGAUUGUUCAAAGAAACUUUUGAUGGAUGACUUUCGUGACCCAGAAAUGUCCUUUGACAUCUGCAGUUGUCAGUUUGCCUUUCAUUACUCAUUUGAAUCAUAUGAACAGGCUGACCUGAUGCUCAGAAAUGCUUGUGAAAGACUUAAUCCUGGAGGUUAUUUUAUUGGUACUACUCCCAAUAGCUUUGAACUGAUAAAACGUCUUGAAGCUUCAGAAACAGAGUCAUUUGGAAAUGAAAUCUAUACUGUGAAAUUUCAAAAGAAAGGAGAUUAUCCUUUAUUUGGCUGCAAAUAUGACUUCCACUUACAUGGCGUUGUUGAUGUUCCUGAGUUCCUGGUCUAUUUUCCAUUGUUAAUUGAAAUGGCAAAGAAGUAUAAUAUGAAAGUAGUCUAUAAGAAGACGUUUCUGGAAUUCUAUAAAGAAAAGAUUAAGAACAACGAAAACAAAAUGCUUUUGAAACGCAUGCAGGCCCUGGAGGCAUUUUCUGCAAAUGAAAAUUCAAAACAGAUCUCUGAGAAGGUAGAUGACUAUCGACAUGCAACAGACUACAUGAAGAAUGGUCAAGUAAGGUUACCUCUGGGAACAUUAAGUAACUCAGAAUGGGAAGCUACAAGUAUUUACUUGGUUUUUGCGUUUGAGAAGCAGCAGUGAGCACAUGUUCAAUAUCAUCAGAACAGCUAUUUCAUUUUUUCCAGAUUUAAAUGAUUCAUCUGAAGUAGACUUGACAACUUUUCUGUUGGUGUUAAUUAUUGUAAAUCUACAGGAUGCUGCCGGGAAACCCUAGUGUAUAAAUUCAACAUUUGCUGUGAGAGAUGAACUUUGGUGUGUGGUAGAGAGUUGGGACCUUCAUUGUUAGAAGUCUUCUUUUUUUUUUUUUAAAGUAUUGUAAAAGGAUCCAUUUGCCGCUACUUUUCUUAUUAGCUCAUAAAAUUUAUAACGUGAAAGCUGCUGAACUCUCUGCAGUGCUCUGAUUUGUUCAAUUUUUUUUGUAGUCAAAUUUAUUGCCGUAGUAGAAUUGAUGAAGUAUAGCGGUCUUCAGAUGUGUUUACCCAUUUUAUAGUGUUUGUUACAGUGUUUUUCAAGGUUAAAUGGACUGUAUUCUGUGUAAUUUGGUGCAGUCAUAUUUUAGCAUGUGUAUUGCUAAAAUUUGAAACUAAAGUGUGGAUGUCAUAAGUUAUUUGCCUUGUUUCUAGUCAAUUUUUAAUAUUUCAUUACAAAUAACUCCUUUUAUUUGCUAACAUGAUGCAGUUCUGGAACUGGAUAAAAGACUUAGAUGCAAACAUGGAAUUGUUUUAAAUGAUGACCGUUUUUUAAAGGAAUUUUUUAUUGUAGUUAUUAAUAAUUGUAAUUAACAAAAAUGUAUAGUUGCCCUUCUUCAUUCAACAGAAAUGCCAUAGUUGUUUUGCUCAGUAUUUAGUGAGAAACCCUGUAAAUUCAUUACAUACAUUCAUUUGAUUCAUGGAACAGCUUGGGAGGGUCUGACUGUACAGGAAACUGACAGAUAAACUACAGAUUACUUCUCUCAAGUGUUAGAAGUAAGUUCCUGGUACUACAUGCUAUUAGAUCUGUUGCUCUUGAUCUUUUUAUUGCCUUCAACCAAAAUGUAUCCAUAUCUGUACCUCUUGAUCCAAACACAACCCAAAAGUAGUUUGAGCAAUUGGAGCCAGCAUCUCAACACCACUUAGAAUUUGUAUUUACCUUGGGGCUGGAGCAAUAGCACAGCGGGUAGGGUGUUUGCCUUGCAUGUGGCCGGCCCGGGUUCAAUUCCUAGCAUCCCAUAUGGUCCCCUGAGCAUCGCCAGGAAUAAUUCCUGAGUGCAGAGCCUGGAGUAACCCCUGUGCAUCGCCGGAUGUGACCCAAAAAGCAAAAAAAAAAAAAAAAAAAAAAAAGAAAAUUGUAUUUACCAUUUCAGAACUGUAAAGAAUUGUUAGCCUUGACUUGUCAACUCUUCAAACAAGACACCAGGACACCUGGGUAAACUGUUGUCUUUCUUUUACGUCACCAUGUAUUAUGUGUGCCAGUCUUUAGAUGUAGUGAAAAAGGCAGAGCAGUUAUUGCAUAUUCUUUCAAAAUUGGUUUCAUUAUUUAAUGCAUGGUUUAAAAAGACUUCCUAUAACUAAUGUACUGUUCAAAAAUUACAGUCUAUUUAUAUUAUUGUUCAUAGUGUUAGAGUUACAAAUGUUAAGAGAACACUGGUUGCCUAAUUUCUAUUCCUUUGCUACAGUUAGGCUAGUAAACAGUUCACGAGAAGUAUUUUUGAUUUUGUAGUAGUUUGACAUAGGAAUUUGGGGAAAUAAUUGACAGGUUUGAAUUUCACAUUUUAGUACAAGUACUCUGUUAAUGACUAGACCUUUACCUGAAUCAAAUUUAGUCAAUGAUUGGUGGUGGUGGUGGUAGUAGUAGUAGUAGGGAUGUGUGUGUGUGUGUGUGUGUGUGUGUGUGUGUGUGUGUGUGUGUUGGAGAUGCGGGCGAUGAGGGGGCCAGGGAGACACCUCUCUAUGCAGCAGAUUCAAGAGUUGAAAGUACAGGUAUGAAAGAGUAGCUAAGAAGGGAGCCUAGAGAGUGAAAAAAAGGAAUUGUUUCUCUAAUCAGAACUGAUAAGCAAGGCAGAGGCAACUCAUUUUGUUUUAACUUUCUGUUGGCAUAUACAUAGACACACACACACGUAUAUACACGUAUGUAUAAGCAAUUCAGUGGGGUUUUUUUCCCCCCCAGAAAUGGAAAAUAAUGUGUAAAGUCAAAUCCAGUUAAUCAAAACAUUUCCAGCAUCCAGAAAAUGCCUUUCUGCUCCCUUCUAGUUACUACCUCCCUCUGGUAACCACUAUGCUGGCUUCUAAGCAUUUAUUAUUUUUGUUUAUUUUUUGCACAUUAAUAUUAAUGGAAUCGAACAAUAUGUAUUCGGUAUGUCUUUUGCCCAUCAUUAUGUUUGUGAGAUUUUUUUUAUGCAUGUAUAUGUACAAGGUUCUUAAUGGCUGUAUAGUAUUCCGUUAUGUAAAUAUACCACAUUUGCCCAAUG